CCCCGCCCUCAUCUCCCCCUCCCCAUCCCCCUCCUCCUCUCUCGUCUCCUCCCAUCCACCCAUCCCCGCCUUCAUCAUCCCCCCUCCCCCUCAUACCCUAUCCUUCACCCCUCGAAACCAAAGAAACCAAAGAUGCCAAUGCACCACCACCCCCUUGCGCAGACCCACUUCAAGCCCGCACUUUUGGCCGGCGACAACGUGUUCCUGCAGGACAUCUACAGCAGCGACAAGCUGGACGCCGACAAGCCGAUCUCUGCCGGGUUCUACCGGCUGGAGAAGGGGGAGCAGCUGGUUUAUACGUAUGGGUAUCAUGAGAUGAAGAUUAUUCUCGAGGGCGAGUACCAGAUCACCGAUGAGACCGGGCUCAGUGUUACCGCGAGGCCGGGGGAUGUGUUCUAUUUUGAGAAGGGUGCGACAAUCACGUUUACGACGCCGGAUUAUGGGCUGGCGUUUUACACUGGGCAGAGGGCUAUGGGUGUUGCUUAGGCUGGGGGAAGAGCUACCGUAGUUGCGUGCCACAGCGGAAGGAAUGAGAGCAAAAUUGAACUGUCC